AUGGUUCGACCGCGGGGAAGCUCGGCCUUGGGCGUGGACAUCCGAGGUGACACCAGCGCGCCGGCGAUGUCCACAAUGAACGAAGUGAGCCCCAUUGAGCCCUCUUCAGAUCAGAAGUUCAAUGGCCAGGCACAGAAACAGACCAAGACAACCAAACGACGUCGCGCCCGCUCGCUCCUCCAUCGCUUCGCCGACACCUGUCUACAGUAUACCUGGCUCCUGCCUUUAAUUAUAAUGCUCUUGUUGGUCGCACUGUACGCUAUCAACCCUACGCCCUCGAACCCGAUGCACAGUGCCAUCUUCCUCUCCUACCCUCAAGGUCCGAAGACCCCCGGUGGACCAAUCAUGUACGGCAAGGGUAAAAAGGAUAUCGCGUUUGUCGCGUUCUAUACGAUUGUGUUAUCGUUCACGCGCGAGUUCAUCAUGCAGCAGAUGAUCCGGCCAUUCGCGGUUUGGUGCGGCAUCCGGGGCAAGGGCAAGACUGCACGGUUCAUGGAGCAAAUGUACACCGCUGUAUACUUUGGGGUGUUUGGGCCGUUCGGUCUGUACGUGAUGAAGCGAUCGACUAUCUGGUACUUCAACACGACGGCUAUGUUCGAGGGAUUCCCGCACCGCGAGCACGAGGCCGUGUUCAAGGCGUACUAUCUGCUCGAGGCUAGUUACUGGGCGCAGCAGGCCAUUGUGCUGAUGCUGCAGCUGGAGAAGCCCCGUAAGGACUUCAAGGAGCUGGUUGGACACCACAUCAUCACCUUGGCUCUUAUUGGGUUGAGCUAUCGCUUCCACUUCACAUAUAUGGGUCUGGCGGUGUAUAUCACGCACGAUAUCUCAGACUUCUUCUUAGCUACCUCCAAACUCCUCAACUACCUGGAUGCGUAUAUCACUGCGCCCUACCUCACCAUGUUUGUGGGCUGGUGGAUUUACCUGCGUCAUUACCUGAACCUGAAGAUUCUCUGGGCUGUCCUGACCGAGUUCCGCACUGUUGGCCCCUUCGAGCUCAACUGGGAAACCCAGCAGUACAAGUGCUGGAUCAGUCAGUACAUCACAUUUGCCCUGCUUGCUAGCCUGCAGGCUGUCAACUUGUUCUGGCUCUUCUUGAUCCUGCGCAUCAUGACCAACUACAUCUUCACCAACGUAGCCAAGGAUGAGCGCAGUGAUGAUGAAGAAGAGGAAGAAGAGGAGGCGGGGUCUGUCAAGGAAACCCAGGCCAUUGCCACUGGCACAGACCAGGGCAAGGAGAACCUCGCCCCUCAAGUGCUGAUCAACGGCGAGCCUGUCGCCGAGCAGCGCGUUCCUCGGACACGCAGCAGAAAGGCCUGA